AUGGCCCCAAACGGCAGCGAUGCGCCUGCUUUUGAGGAAGACCUCAGUAACAUCCUAGUAUGUCCUGAGUGCAACAUCAGCCCGCCCCACCUAGUCGAGGAGUUCUCCAGCGGUGAUACAGUAUGCGAAGACUGUGGCAUGGUAGUCGGCUCGCGAAUCAUUGAUACGAGAUCAGAAUGGCGAACUUUUGCAAAUGACGACCAGGGAGGCGACGACCCCAGCCGUGUUGGUGGACCGCAGGAUGAGUUUGUCGAAGGCCAGCAACUCGCGACGACGUCGCAGAAGGGCCUCAUGCAAGCUUACAAGGAGAUCGUUUCCUACUGCGAAGCUAUCAACAUGGGCACGAACGUUUCCAACGCUGCAAAGCACAUCUUCAAGCUCGUGGAUAAGCACAAGUUCCUCAAAGGAAAGCCCCAGGAUGCCGUCAUUGCAGGUUGCAUCUUCAUCGCGUGCCGGCAGAACAACGUGCCUCGAACCUUCCGUGAAAUCUUCAAUCUGACUAGCGUGAGCAAGAAGGAAGUCGGUCGAGUUUUCAAGCAACUUCAGAGCUUUCUGCAGAAGCUACAGGACCAAGACGGCGAAGCCACAGGCCUCAACACAGUCACCAACUAUGAAAACACAUCAGUGGGUGCCGAGGAUCUAUGCAGCCGUUAUGUCUCUCAGCUUGGCUUCACGAAACAGACCAAAAUCUCCAAGAUCUCUCGCUCCUUGGCAUUGCGGGCCAACAGUAUUUCGGCGCUCGCAGGACGAUCGCCUCUAUCCGUUGCCGCAGCAUGCAUCUACAUGGCGUGCCAGAUCGUUGGAGAACCGCGCAGCUCACUACCUAUAGCCAAGCAGGCAGGUGUCAGCGAUGGCACAGUCAAGACUGCGUAUAAACACUUGUACUCUGCCCGCGAGAAGCUCAUUUCGGAGGAGUGGUUCGAGGGAGGUGCUAACAUGGACAAGCUUACACCGGCUACUGCGGUAUAG